GAGGAAGGCUGUUCUUCUCUGGUCUCAGCUCUGAGGUCAAACCCCUCACACCUGAGAGAGCUGGAUCUGAGUAACAAUGACCUGAAGGAUUCAGGAGUGAAGCUGCUCUCUGCUGGACUGGGGAAUCCCCACUGUAAACUGGAGACUCUGAGGCUGUCAGGCUGUCUAGUCACAGAGGAAGGCUGUGCUUCUCUGGUCUCAGCUCUGAAGUCAAACCCCUCACACCUGAGAGAGCUGGACCUGAGCUACAAUCACCCAGGAGACUCAGGAGUCAGACUGCUCUCUGCUGGACUGGAGGAUCCACACUGCAGACUGGAGAAACUCAAUGUGGAACAUGGUGGAGAGAACAGAAUGAAACCUGGACUUAGAAAAUAUGCCUGUGAUCUCACACUGGACCCAAACACAGUAAACAUAGUCCUCUCUCUGUCUGAGGAGAACAGAAAGGUGACAUGUAUGAGAGAGGAGCAGCCGCAUCCUUAUCACCCAUUGAGAUUUGAGGGCUAUAGACAGGUGCUGUGUAGAGAGGGUCUGACUGGGCGCUGUUACUGGGAGGUUGAGUGGAGUGGGUUAGGGGCUGUUAUAGGAGUGACAUAUAAAGGAAUCAACAGGAGAGGAGGGGGUGAUGACUGUGUGAUUGGAUGUAAUGACAAGUCCUGGAGUCUGGUCUGCUUUGACAUCAGUUACUCUGCCUAUCACAAUAAUAAGUUCACUACCUUAGACGUCCCUUCCUCCAGCUCCAACAGAGUAGGAGUGUAUCUGGACUGGCCAGCCGGCACUCUGUCCUUCUACAGAGUCUCCUCUGACACACUGACCCACCUGAACACAUUCCACACAACAUUCACUGAGACCCUCUAUCCAGGGUUAAGGGUUCAUCAUGUUUGGGGUUCCUCAGUAACUUUAACACACUGAACACACAAACACACAGCGGACACACACACACACACUGGA